AUGUCUCUGGUCCGCACCAGUGACCCACCAGAGGCUCCUAUUCCACCUUCCCUCCAGCGUCGACGCCUCACGCGGGGACUUUCCAUCAGCACUCGAACCCUUCCGCUCGAACAUACAGACGAAACGAGCGAGACGGGCUCACCAAAAAUCGAGCCCCCCUUUUCCCCGCUUUCACCGACUCUUGUGAGUAACAAACCCAAAGUCUGGUACGACUACGACGAGUUCAACGUCUCUGGGCGCCUCCGAGCCAAUUCUCAGUCCAGUGAAGGAUCAAAUGAAUCCGCAAAGGAAACAAUGAGGGCCCUAGCGCCUUGCAUGCUGCAGAGGAGGGCAAGCGUCCCACCUUCUAAGAUGCGAACUCCGGCCUUUGAACGUACCGAGUCUAGCCGCCCAAAUUCGCCUCCAAGUCAGGAAAUGAGACGCGGGGAUCUAGCGGCCUAUGCCUCAUCGAGUGCGCAGUCACUGCGACUCUCUCUUCGAGGCCAUAGCAUAAUGCAUCCUUCAUCUCCAGAGCCCCAGACUCGUCGUUUGGAGACAUAA